GAGCCAAAAUCAAGAGUGGGAUGCUCAACUGACUAAGCCACCCAAGUGCCCCACUAUCAGGUUACUUUUGGUUACAGAUAACAGAAAGCUCAGAUUGGCUUAAAUAAUUGAGGGAAUGUAUUGGCUUAAUAACUGAAAAAGCCAGAGGUGGGACAGGCUUCAAAUGAAACUUAAUCCAGCUACUUAACAAUGGCAUCUAACUUCUUUUUAUCUUUCAAUUUUUCUUUCAGAGUUAGUUUCACCCUAAAGUUGUACCAUCCUGAGGCCAGACCAAGAUGGCUUUUGUUAUGUACUGAAUUGUGUCUCCCCAACUCUGCCCCAAUUCAUGUGUUGAAGCCCCAAUCCCCAGUGUGACUGUUGGAGAUGGGGCCUUUAUUGAGGUAAUAAUAGUUAAGUGAGAUCAUAAUGGUGGGGCCCUAAUCCAAUAAAACUGUGUCCUGGGGUGCUUGGGUGGCUCAGUUAAGCAUCCAGUUUCAACCGCAGGUCAUGAUCUUUCCAUUCCUGAGUUUGUGAACCUCCUGUCUGGCUCCAUGCUGACAGCUCAGAGCCUGGAUGGAGUCUGUUUCAGAUUCUGUAUCUCCCUCUGUCUCUUCCCCUCCCCCACUCGUGUUCUGUCUCUCUCUCUCUCAAAAAUAAAUAAACAUUUAAAAAAAUUAAAAACAAACAACUGUGUCCUUAUAAGAAGAGAGACACUAGAGAGACAUCUCUUUCCCCAAGCAUGCAUGGAGGACACAGCGGUCUACAGGCCAGCAAGAGAUACCUCACCAGAACCUCACCAAUUCUGAUACCACCUUGAUACUGAACUUCUGGCUGCCAGAACUGUGAGAAAAUAAAUUUCUACUUUUUAAACCAUCCAGUCCUUGGCAUUUUGUUAAGGCAGCCUGAGCUAACUAGUAACAGCUUUCAGCAGCUACAGGGCAUCAUGUUUCCUCUUUCAUCCAUAACAGGUACUGAUUAGGAUGAAUGUGAUUUGGAGAAAUUCUGUUUCCUGUCUAAGGAUAAGAAAGGUGCCACAUAGAUACCAAAGUGGUAAUCACCCAGCGGCCCCUCUGGGAUCAAGGAUUUUAACUGACCCAGCCAAAGUUUUUGAACACAACAUGUGGGAUCACAUGCAGUGGUCAAAAGAAGAAGCAGCAGCAGCCAGAAAAAGAGUAGAGGAAAACUCAGCUGUGCGAGUCCUUCUGGAAGAACAAGUUAAGUAUGAGAAUGAAGCUAGUCAAUAUUGGGAUACAUUUUAUAAGAUUCAUAAGAAUAAGUUUUUCAAGGAUCGUAAUUGGCUGUUGAGGGAAUUUCCUGAAAUUAUUCCAGUUGAUCAAAAAACUGAAGAGAAGACACAAGAAUCAUCAUGGGAUAAUGUGAAAACUGGUGCUGCAAAUUGUUUCUCAAGAACGCACUGCCCUAUUAUGCCUGAAGAAAAAAAUCUUGGUAUGAAAAGGUGCGGUUCAUCAGAUGGUCCAAGCAAAGCAAGGUCUCAUUUUUCCAACCUAGACUCUGAAGAACACAGCGAAGGACCUCUGAAGACCGAAUUGUUUCCUGGUAGCAGUGCCACUUUCAGAAUCCUUGAGGUUGGCUGUGGUGCUGGAAAUAGUGUUUUUCCAAUUUUGAACACUUUACAGAAUGCUCCAGAGUCCUUUCUUUAUUGUUGUGAUUUUGCUUCCGGAGCUGUGGAACUAGUAAAGUUGCACUCAUCCUACAGAGCAGCUCAGUGUUGUGCCUUUGUUCAUGAUGUUUGUGAUGAAGAUUCACCGUACCCUUUUCCAGAUGGGAUCCUGGACGUCAUUCUCCUUGUCUUUGUGCUCUCUUCUAUUCAUCCUGACAGGAUGCAAGGUGUUAUAAACCGACUGUCCAAGUUACUGAAGCCUGGGGGAAUGCUGCUAUUUCGGGACUAUGGAAGAUAUGAUAAGACUCAGCUUCGUUUUAAAAGGGGGCAUUGCUUAUCUGAAAAUUUUUAUGUGCGAGGAGAUGGUACCAGAGCAUAUUUCUUUACGAAAGGGGAAGUCCACACUAUGUUCUGCAAGGCUGGGUUAGAUGAGAAGCAAAAUCUGGUUGAUCGUCGCUUACAAGUUAAUAGGAAAAAACAAGUGAAAAUGCACCGAGUGUGGGUUCAAGGCAAAUUCCAGAAACCAUUACACUUGACUCAAAAACCCUCCAAAUUGGUAUCACCACUCCUUUCUCAUGACUGAGUUAUGUAUCAUGUUAAGGUACAAACCAGAGGAUUACACUAUUCAAAGACUUCUGUAAAUCUUUCAUUUUUGAAAGGGAAGACAAGAGAAUUUGUAUAUCCUGCUGUUUAUCAUGGGUGAGCUCUUUUGUUCAUUUUAAGCACUUGUAAAUGAUUUGGAAGAGUAUACCAUGUUCUGUGCUCAA